GCGAGCGCUGUUCCACUAAAACUCGAGUCCGUGUUUAGUCCACGAUGUCUGUAGCCACUCUAACCUCCAUAGCAGACUUUGAGAAGUCUGCGCAGGAGAAGUUGCUGGAUUAUGUCUGGUCGUACUACAGUAAAACUGCAGGCACCGGGCAAACGUACCAAGAUAACCUGGAGGCCUUUCGGCGAUACCGCCUCAUCCCGCGCAACCUCCGUGACGUGUCCAUCCGGGACACCUCGGUAACGGUCCUGGGCACCAAGCUGGAUAUCCCGGUAGCCAUUGCGCCAACUGCCAUUCACCGAUUCGCUCAUCCUGACGCGGAGUUGGCGACCGCCAAGGGCGCCGCCGCCAUGAAUACAGGGAUGGUGCUGAGCUCCUGGUCUACCCGCUCCCUGGAGGAGGUUGCUGAAGCGGCUCCUGGCGGUGUUCACUGGUUCUACAUGCUGUUCUUCAACGACCGUGGCUACGUGAAGCGCCAGCUGGAACGGGCAGAGCGAGCGGGAUACUCCGCCAUCUUCCUCACCAUAGACCAGCCGUUAUUCCCAAAGCCCGGGGCGUCACCUAGAUCUUACCCGUUUACCGUUAGGUUUCCAAACAUCUUCGAGACCGACCCGCCCCACGCGUUCGGCACCGCGGAGUACCGACAGAGCCUGCUGGAGCUGGUGAAGGAGUACGCCACGUGGGAGGACGUGGAGUGGGUCGUGGCGAACACCAGGCUGCCAGUGGUUCUGAAGGGGGUUCUCUCAGGGGAAGAUGCGAAGAUGGCCGUGGACCGUGGAGUGAAGGGCAUCUACGUGUCCAACCACGGCGGGAGGGAACUGGACGGUGUGCCGGCAACGAUUGACGUCUUGCCGCACAUCGUCCGUGCAGUUGACGGUAAGGCGGAGGUUUACCUGGACGGAGGGGUCCGGACUGGGACGGACGUGCUGAAGGCCUUGGCGCUGGGGGCCAGAUGUGUGUUCAUCGGCAGGCCCGCUCUAUGGGGUCUGGCCCACAAUGGUGCAGAAGGAGUCCAGCAGGUUCUACAGAUUCUUACAGAGGAACUCAGUCAGGCCAUGGCCAGGGCAGGCUGUGCGAAGAUAUCCGACAUCCAGCCGUCUCUUGUUGUGCACCAGUCGUGUUAUGGCAUACCAACUGUCAAAGCAGUGCCGACGUCAGAUGAAAGCUAAGGUCACAACCGGCCUUCCCUUUUUAGAUCGUUUGUUUUGGGUGGCCACGUUUGGCCACUUACGCCCAUGUUUUUGCACGUUGAGACAGCCAGAUGUACGUACUGCGGGUUGUAACCUUAGCUUAGCAACAGGAGAAAGCCUUUUUUCCAACUUAUUUGUUCAAGAACACAAUGAUACAAACAUUUUAAAAAGUGUGCAACAAAGAUUUAAAAAAUGUGCAACAUGGUAACAAUUACAGAAAUACAU